AUGGCCGCAGGUAUAUUGAGGCAUUAUGCCGAAGCCACGGAAGGAUGGCAGCAGGCAGGAGCAGCACCAGCAGGCGCUGAGGAAGGCGAAGACCAGCGAGGGCAGCUGAAAGGUCAUAUUUCCGGACAGUGCAAACUUCGAUACGGGGCACUAAUACCGAAUGCUCUCCUCUUACUUGACGAAGCAGAAGUGUUUCUCAAAACUCGGACCGAGAAGAACCAUUUCAUGAAUGGUAUCGUCGCCGUCUUCCUUCGAAUGUUGGAAUGGUUUGAAGGGGUGAUGUUCCUCACCACCAAUCGAGCUUCAAACUUCGACCCUGCGAUUCUGAGUGGUAUUCACAUCACCAUCGAGUAUCCAGGUUUGAAGCAGGAUCAGCGGAUGGGGAUCUGGAGAAGCUCACUUGAUCCGGCUCGUACGGUCCGGGGUCCGUCAGACCUGAGCGAUGAAGAGGUAGUCAAGCUAGCAAAAUUAGAUCUCAAUGGUCGAAAGGCUGCCAGAUGUUCAGAGCCCCUGAUCAGUCACGCUAUCUUGGCGGAUUGA